AUGGCAGCUAAUACGCCGGGGUGUUUCAAUGGCUGCAACGGCAACGGCAAGGCGACUGAGCGGACCAGAUACGAGGGAGACGAGGACGAGACACGGACGGGCGGAGUGAGAAGCGAGGCGUCGGCGUCGACGUGGGUUGAGACUGAGGAUGAGGGAAGCUGGGACGAGAACCAGAUUGGUAGGGUUUGA